AUGCAUUCGAUAUCUCCGCUGAUCCUGGGGCUUACAGCUCCAAUGCCAUUACAGGCGGGACCGCUAAUCUCGCUGAUCACAGCUUCUUUAAGCGGAUGUCUCAACCUGCUUUGGCUUCUGCCCUGGACGCGUAGAGUCAAGGAGGAGAGACAGAAAGUUGCCAAGGAGUUGUCGGGCGAAGAACUUGAAGCAAAAGACGCUCCCCUAAGAAAAGAGUUUGGCAAGUCGCACGGAAUGAGCCUUCUGUUCAACCUUACCCAUGUUGUUGGGCUUGCUGCAUAUGGAUUCUACCUAGCCAAAGGGUUGAUCCGCUACGUGCCCAAGUAA